AUGACCAUCAGUGGAGAUAACUUUGGAUGGUUCAUGGGUGACUAUACCAAGGAUACCAACACAUACCUAAAGUUAUUAGUUCCAAACUCAUUAUUGUUGUUUACACUACCUGUAUCAGCAUAUCAAGGAUCACCACAGAACUACACCGACUAUUGGAAGACAUUCCUGUUCCUAUCUCAGAACAACAAUAUGUUGUUAAGGGCAUUCUACAAAGUGGACAACACUAGUAUUAGCAAGACCAUCUCAUCAUUUGGAAGCUAUAAUGAUAAUAGUACAUUGACAUUAUCAUUUAGUGGAGUGUUCCAACCAUACUUUGCAUACAAGAUCAAUGUUAAUGGUGUUGUUUGUAAUAUUAUCGAAAUAUCUCCAGUGUCCAUUGGUUGUACAGUUAGCAACAUGACAAGAUAUCCAACAGAGAACCUCUAUGCAUACAUUAGUAGUGUGAUCCAGAACUAUACAAGGAUACUUGUUGACCUUAAUAAUUAUCCAUUGAUCAAUGCUGUGUCCAAUGUGACUACUAGUGGAGGAGCUAUAACAUUGUAUGGAUAUUAUGGUCCAAAUAUCAAUUCUGUUGGUGUUACAAUCAAUGGUAGAGCAUGUAGUAUUUUCAAUGAUACAUACCUUCCAUCAUUGAUAUCUUGUUCAAUCAAAGGUCAACUGAGUCCUGGAAUGGCCAACAUCACAGUGCGUGUCAAUGAGAAGAUAUACAGCUCCACCUCCAUCCUUGAGAUCCAGUCUGUAAAGAAUGUUGAUUGUGGAUCUAAUGAUGGAUGCAAUGGAAAUGGAGUGUGUCAGAUGGGAAGAUGUGCUUGUACCAACCCUGGAUAUACUGGAUUCUAUUGUGAGUCACCUGUUGGCAAUGACACUAUUGUGUUGCCAAUCAAUCAAGAUCCAGGUGCUUACUUGAAUGGCAGUCAAUCAGAGUUCCAAUUCAAUAUGGUUGCCAUCCAGGAGUUGAACGCUAGGGGUGGCGUAGAGUAUGAGUUGCGUCCACAAUGGGCGUAUAGCGCGCAGAAGGGUUCGCCAAUGUCCACCUACACAUACACCAUGGUGAACCAGUCGAAUGAGACCAGUGUCAACAUCACCGUCAUACUCACACACUCGACCGAGGAGUACACGGUAAACUUUGCCGGACACGACACACUCUAUCCGCCCAACUCUAUCAAGAUGACCGUGUACAUCAAUGGCUGGCAGUACUCGUCCAACUUGAACACGUUACGUGUGCUCUUUGUCAAGCAGCACACACUUCAGACCAGUGCAUGCAGUGGCAGCAAUGUCGGCUACGACGAGUUCAGCGGCAACAUGGAGUACAUCAAGAUAAGUGGUGCAACCGGGUCGUACUAUGGCCGCUUCCUGCCCUAUGGCCUGUCGGACGGACGUAUCUGCUUCUCCAAGAAUGAGUUGGUCAAUACGACCGAUGACAACCGAGCAUUCUUUGGCAUCAACCUACCACAGUGCAGGAGUUGUGUGAUCGAUCCCUACUUCACAUCGCUGACAGAGGUCAGUGGCGAUCACUGCUCACGCAACAAAGCUGCCUGGUACAUCAUUCUGCCGUCUGUCGUCGGAGGAGUACUCGUACUAACUCUUGCGGCUGGUGUCACAGUACUGAUACUCAAGAAGUUCCGUCAGAAGAAGGAGUCAAAGAACAUCUCUGACAAGAUGCAAAGAGUGUUUGGUCAAGCCAGUGCCUAG